AUGUGCCGCAUCGUACUGCUCAACCAGACCCAGUACGUCAGCCAUCAGUUGGGAGCGGGGCUCCCAAGUAUCCCAGGACGAGGGAUAGCCGCGCCACCGGACGAGGUUACCCGUCCAACGUCCGUUUAUAUCGCGGAGGGAAGACGAUCUCCACACUGUCGUGGGGAUCCGUGUGUUCCCGAGAGCUUCUUUGAUCGCGUAACGCAAGGGUUACGCGGCGAUCUCGAACAUGAGCGGGACAGGCGUCUUCAACUGGCGGACACUGUCUUGAGGCAUCGAGCUGAGUUUGCGUUUGCUCAUCUUGAGAACGAGAGAGCUCUGGCAUCUCUGCGUGAUGAGCUAAGGGUAGCUCGUGGGGAUAUUGAUCGGUCUCGGGCUGAGAUAACUGCUCUUCAGACCCUUGUCGAUGGCCACCAUCGGGAGCACAAGGCUCUCUGCGAGAUGCUUGAGCGCAAGGGCGUUCUUCAUCGGAAGAAGCAGCGUAAUGAUGGUACGGUUUAA